AUGCUGCUGCAAGAGACUUGCGCAGUGCCCUUCUUUUGUCAGAAGCUCAUGUUGCGCCACACCUUCCUCAAGAACAGCGACGCUGGUCCGAGAGAUUCUCGUUGCCCAGGUCUCACGCUGGUGGUGGAUUCCUUCCACCCAGAGAUGGCGAAGACCUUGCAGGACGCCGCGCGGCACGGGGAUCUGCGGGCGCUGGAGAAGACGUUGAGCGCGCCAGCGGAUCCCAACCAGGUGGAUGCCCACGGUUGGUCUCCUUUGAUCCUGGCCUCCCAUGCGGGUCAUGCCGAGGUGCUGCGGCUUCUGUUCCGCGCCCAAGCGCAUGUGGAGCAGCCCACGCCCCACGGACGUUCUCCACUCUUCGUGGCGUGCCAACGGGGGACACUGGGCAUCGGGCGUGUCUUAUGUGAGCUCAGCGCCAACUUGGAGAGACCAAGGAGUGGAGGGCAUACGCCGCUGAUGGCGGCAUGCCGCGAAGGCCAUAGCGAGGUGGUACAGCUGCUCUGUGAGAAAGCGGCCGACAAGGACCAGGAUCCAAGAGCCUUGUUUGCUCAGCCCACCGCCUUGUUCUACACCACAUGGGAGCCACGAACACAAGGAGCGACGUCUCUCAGCACAUUCAUCCAUGGCUUGGUGUGGGGCAGGAGUCUUCCAGAUGGCACGACAGCAAUUCACUUUGCCGCCGAGAGGGGGGAUGAGGAGCUUGUGUCCUGUGAUACGGACGUGGGGCAGGCUGCGGAACGUGGGGCGGAGGAUGAAUUCCAUUAUGCACAGGGGAACAUGAAGAGUACAUUCAAUAGGGCAGCUGCGAUGGGUGCUCGCGAUGCCGAGCCCCUGCUUCUGUCGAAGCUCUGCGACCGUGGGGCGCAGAUUCAGCCGAAGAGCUCCAUCGUCACGAGGACCUCUCAUGGCUAUCAUGUGACCACCUACGGCGAACACCUCCGACGCAGCAAGCGUCUAGCUUCAGCCCUUAGCAAGUGUGGGGUGAAACUGGAGGACCGGGUGGCUACCUUGAUGUGGAAUACAGGUUGGCACUUUGAAUGCUACCAUGCCAUUUCCUGCUUGGGCGCCGUGCUGCACACUGUCAACCUCAGGCUCGGGACGGCCGACCUCAACUACAUCAUAAGUCAUGCUCAGGACCGGAUGAUGUUUGUGGAUGCGCACCUCAUCCCUUUGUUGGAACAGGUCGACGCCAGCAUCUUGGCCAGUCUGGAGCUCUUCAUUUGCGUCGGCGAAAACGCUGAAGCCAAUAAUUGGUCCAGCUCCGUGCUUGACCCCAAGAGAACGGUGGACUAUGAGGCUUUUUUGAUGUCUGGCAAUGAGGAGUUCUCAUGGCCCAUGGUGCCAGAAACAUCUCUGAUGGGUUUGUGCUACACUUCUGGCACCACUGGCCGCCCCAAAGGCGCCGCCUACAGUCAGCGCUCCACCUACCUGCACACCCUGAUGAUCUGCGGCGUGGACCAGCUGGCCAUCUCGGCGGCGGAGGUGGUGAUGCCGUUCGUGCCCAUGUUCCACGUCCUCAGCUGGGGCAUCCCCUAUGCGCUGCUGAUGACUGGAGCACCUGUGACCUUUACGAAUCGCUUCACCGAUCCAGGAAAUAUGCUGCAAAUUAUGAUGGAUUGGCGAGUGCAGCUUUCCACAGGUGUGCCCACAGUUUGGCAACAACUUCGAGCACACAUCCAGAGCCAAGGCGUGGCCAGUGUGAAGCCGAACCUGGCCUUGCGGCGCCUGAUUUGUGGCGGCAGCGCGCCGCCCGCGUCGCUGAUGCGCUGGUUUCUGGAUGAACUUGGUGUGGAAUUUGUUCAAGUGUGGGGCAUGACCGAGACAAACCCCAUUGGCAGUUCAGCCAAGCGGAUUGGUAAAGUGCCUGACUUGCAGAAGAGCACAGAUGAAAGCUUCGAAAAUGUGCGGAAAGCAGGUUUGCCCUGCCCAGGAGUGGAGGUACGCAUCGCGCGCUUGGACGACCUCCAUCAGACCGUGGCGCCGGGCGAAGCCGGCGAGUUGUUGGUGCGAGGCCCAUGGGUCAUCCAGGAAUAUUUCCAGGUAGACGCCCAUGACAAGUUCUUCAACGGUUGGCUGAUCACCGGCGACGUGGCCAAGAUCGAUGAAGAUGGGGCUAUUAUCAUUAGCGAUCGAUCAAAGGAUGUGAUCAAGUCUGGUGGAGAAUGGAUCUCUUCGAUUGAUAUGGAGAACGCCGUGACAGCCCUGCCGGGUGUGGCCAUGGCGGCGGUGGUGGCCGUGCCGCACCCCAAGUGGGACGAGCGACCUGUGGUGGUGGUGAUUCUGGAGAAGGGCCAGAGCGCCGAAGGAUUGCUGGAGCGGAUCCACCAGCACCUGUCUGGUUCCUUUGCGAAAUUUCAGCUGCCUGACGAUGUUCUGGUGACAGCCCCAGUUGGUUUUGUGGCUCCCCAUGGAACAGAGAUAUGUCCUGCCCUCCCUGCGAACAUCCAAGCUUUAGGGUAUUCCUAUAGAAAUCCCAUGUCACCUGAGUUGCCCCUAUUUGGCUCCUUUCGGCCGCAGGUUCGGGCAGAUGGCGUCACAGCCCUGCAUCUCGCAGCUGAAGCGGGCUUCGUGGGAGAGCCCAAUACGGAGACGUGGAGGCGUGCAGCUUUGAAGGUGUCACUAGGUGACACUCUGACAAGGCCAGCGGCGCAUUCCUUCUGCACAGCCGAAUGGAAUCCAAAAUUUGUUGGAGACCUGGCUUUCGAUGCAACGCGGCUCCAGCAAGGCAGGCGCAGUACAGAGAGCUUGCCUUUUGCGUGGCAGGCGCACUACACAGUGUCCUUGGUGACCUUGCUCUGCGAGGCUCGGGCUGAGAUCAGCUGUAAGACGGAUGACACGCUGAUGCCCUUACACCUGGCAGCGCGUGGUCAUAAGAAUGUGGCAAGCAGACUUUGCGAGAUGAACGCGCCGAUCAAUGCCACCACCAUGGACAAUUACGAAUCCGAACCGGGAGACGAAGAGGAAGGAAUGCAAAGCGCCGAGAAAGAAGAAGCUCAAGAAGAAACUACUGAGGAAGAGUCCCCGGUGAGCGAUUACAUCGUCGAGGAGUUACUAGUUGGAGAAGAUGACAACCGGACACGGAAGUCGAGCCAACAAGAGGAGUUGGAUGCCGAACAGAUCGCUGAGGGCGUGCUGGAGGAAGCAGAGGAGCUUACUGAGGCAAUCGAAGUCUUGCCCGAAGUUCCGGAAGAACCUGCUGCCGAUGCCAUCGCAGCAGACAAGAAAGAAGUCCUGAGGUCCAAGAUUGAGUACCUACCCCAACAUCAAACUCAUGGCUGCACAGCCAAGAGUCUAGAGGAUUCAAAUUUGGGGUGCGACAGAGACCAGUGCCAUGGUCUGGGGUCACCGGAAAUCCUGUGCUCCACGCUGCUUGGCUCAGAAUCCAGCGAGCGCAGAGUGAAACUGGAGAAUGUGCUUCACCGUGCAGCGACGGGGCAAAGCCUUAGUGACAAAGAACCUGCCAACAGCAGGUAUGGUAGCUAUGGCCAGAUGCACCAGAGCCGUGAGGGCAUUCAACUCAUUCUGACCAAAUCAGGCAUCGCCUGGCAGGAUGAAGGAAGUGAAGAGGAGAUUAUUCCUCUACUACUGGCAGAUGUCAUGGCUGCUCCCGUGCAACAGAAAUUUAGUUUCACCAAAUCAGAAGCCACUCAUGUGAUUCUUCUGGCUCCACGGGCGCAAAGUUUUUCAGCAGUUUGGCUACUUUGCACCAACGCGGGCACGGACGACUUCAGCGUAGAUCACUUGCUAAUCAACUUUAGCAGGCGAGGAGCAAUCCGCUGGGACAUCAAGGAUUGCUGUCAUUUCUUAGCCAAGUCCUGUGGAGAGGGAGCGCAUGGAUCCGUUUUCAGCGGCGUAUCAUUGUUGCCUCUAUAUGAUUCGCGGCGACGACUCAUCAGAGAACGACGAGAUGUCGUUAGCAUGAAGAAGGUGCACAACUUUGGACGAGUUGCUGUGAAGAUUUGGAACAAGCCACCACUAAGUAUGAUUCGACAAGAGUUGUCUGUGCUGCAAGCAGCAGCUGGACAUCCCACCCUCUCAUCACUUUUAGGAGUCUAUUGUGAGGGCCAGCGCAGAAGAACGCCGGUGGUGUGGCUGCUGGUUUUAGAGCACUGCACAGGGGGUGACCUCUUUGACUAUGUUCGAGAGAACUAUGUGUCGCAGAAUCGAUGCCAAGAGGUCCUCAUGUGCAUCAUGUCAGGUCUGGCCCAUCUGCAUUCGUUGAACAUCGUGCACCGGGACGUGAAGGCAGAGAAUGUGGUGCUACAGAAGCACCAUGCAGUUCUCAUAGACUAUGGUAUCUCUGCAGACGUCAAUGAUGAGAAGGAGAUGAUGCGCCCGGUGGGGUCCCCUGGCUAUGCAGCUCCAGAAGUGAUUGCGGUGAUGCCGCAACGCUACAAUGAGAAGGUGGACGUUUUCGCGACCGGCGUGUUGGCCUACUUCAUGCUGUAUCGAGCCCUCCCCUUCUGGAGCGACAACCAUGAGGACAUCCUCAACAAGACGAGAGCCUGUGAGGUCAAGUAUCCUGAAGAAGAGCGCAGUGUGAGAGAAGGUCUUAUGGCCUUUAUGGCAACCUCGUUGGAACGAGAAGCCGAGGACCGUCCCUCAUCGCUGCAAGCUUUCCUGAAGCUCCAGGAUUCCUCGCCCGAAGAGAUUCUGAAGGGAAAGGGUGGGAGAGCCUAUCGCAUCGCCCUCACGGGCUUAGUGAAACUGGGUCACCUACCUGAUGGAGGCAGCCAAGACUUUGAAGAAUUCUCUGAAGAGAGUGCUGAUAUGUCAGAGGAUACCACGAAGGCUUCGCCUUCAGUGACUGCAAGGAGUUCGACCGUCUCUGUACCCGCUGUUCUCCAGAGCUUGCAUCAAUCCGCUGUCAGGCGGAUCAGUUCUCUUCGGCUCCCUCGCGUACGCCCCACCAUUUCCAAGGUCCUUGCUGGGCUUUCACCAAGCCGCAUGGCUUUGCCGACGGCGAAUCGCUUAAUGCCUCCAAUUGCAGCAGAUGGCGGCAGCCAGGUCCACGAGUUAACCACAGCUUCUUUGCCUGUGGAUGGUCCGUUAGAGGACAAAGGAAAACUGGGAGUUUCUGCCGUGGCUAGCAGCACCGAGCAGUCCACCGCGCUGGGAUCUGAGAGCAUUGAAUUCAGAUCGGGUUCAAAGCAGUCGAAGAAGAAGGCAUCCCCCUCUGGCACCGUGGAAUCUGCGGAGCGUCCGCCCGAGGAAGGAAAGGGCUCUCCCAAACAUGCGCCAAUCCUAGAGGAAGAUGAGAGGUUGCAAUCAUCGGAAGGCAGAAAGGACUCCCACGAGUUUCUUGGCAACGUGGACCAGGAGCAUGAUGUGCGCAUGAGCAUUCGCUACGACCCAUCCGACUCGGUUCGCGAGGACGAGGUGAUCGACGAUGCAAAGAGGUCCCACUCCAAUGAGCUGCCAAAGCCGCCAGCAGAUGCACCCCUGGUUAAGGUGAUCCAUGCUGUGGCGCCUAGCUCGAGCCCACCGGCCCUAACCCCUGUGGCACCCAACAGCCCAGCACCUGGGGUGCCCAAGCAUCGGCAACGCGCUUUGGCAGUCUUUCGGAGUUUGAUCAGUCCACGAUAG